UGCUGUGUGAGAUGAGCGCGAGAUAGUUUCGAUUUUAGUGGGUGACCGAUUUCAGAUCAUCAAUUUUGGUGACCGUUUCAGAGGAAGAUCCGACGGCACCGGAACUGGACGGUGCUCUGAAACGGGUGAACUUCUGGCCAAAAGAUGGGGACGCGUGGUGAAUAGUUUGCGGAACGGAGUUCAGAAAUCCGCCUCUAACGUGUUCCUGACUAGGUCCUCAGAGGAAAAUGACAGUGAAGAGAGAAGCACUGAAAAAGUGUGGCUGGUGAAGAAGACAAAAAGUGAAGACGAUUCAGUGGAAGAAAAUGUUUGAAAUGGACCCGGAUGCGGGAACGGACGACGGAAAUCGAGCGCAGCAACAGCAACAAUGUGUCAAUUUGACAGUCACGCCAAUGGACACAACAGCAGCACCCUCAAGCGUCAUUUGUUGUCGGUCGGCAAAGGUCAGGUCGUUGGCUGUCAAUGAAUAUCUAUUGUGUUGAAGAGUUGUCGUUGGACGUGGAGGAGCAGCAGCAGCGGCAGAAACACUCGAAAGUACGGCAGUGUUGCCGAUCGGUGGUGGUUUCGUUUGGGACAGCACCGGCGAACUUUUUACGGCGACGGCGAACGGGAGUCGGGGUCAACGCGGGACAGCAGCAGCAGCACGGUGGCCUCCAGGCGGCGGCGUCAUAGCACGGCCGAUUCUCGACUGCUAGCGGGAACAGUCCGAAGCUAGUGGUUGUCACCCGCGCCCGACGUAGACUCAUGCAGUGGCGGAAGUUCGCACGGCUGAAAACGACUGCUACUGGACAUUCGCGUACGCGGAGAAUGCUUUGCUGUGGCCGCAGAAAGGAAAAUGGAAGAUCAGUGCCUGACCUCACUGCAAGCCCGGGCCGUGCGCCGCCCGGGCCGAUGCCCUCGCACCAGGGCAUGCAACAGCAGCAGCAGCACCACCAGCAGGGUGGCCACAUGCAACAGGGUGGCCAACGUGGCGGCGGCGGUAGUGGGAUGGGAGGCGGGGCCAACAAGGAUCCAGUAUUACUACAGGGUGACUUCCGGAAGGUGUCCGGCAUCAGCUCGGAGAUCUUCCGCCAGAUCGAGGCGGUGGAAAACGACCACGAUCCGAGCACGGCGGCAGCACUGGAGGCGGUGGAACGUCGCGGUGAAAUGAUAGUUCGCAUCCUGGAGCCUCGCUGCAUGGGCAGCCGGCAGGCCGUCGAAGCAGGCCAAAAGUUUCUCAACAAGGCCGACGCACGCCACACGGUACAGCUGGUGGAGAUCGUGAAGCGGCCCGGCCAAACCCUGGGGCUGUACAUCCGCGAGGGCAACGGGGCGGACCGGUCCGACGGGGUGUUCAUCUCCCGGAUAGCGCUCGAGUCGGCCGUCUACAACAGUGGCUGCUUGAGGGUAGGAGAUGAGAUUCUGGCCGUUAACCUGGUGGACGUGACGCGAAUGUCGCUGGACGAUGUGGUCAUCAUCAUGUCUAUACCUCGACGCCUUGUGCUGGCCAUCCGGCAACGGCGGGGUUCCCGCGGGGCAAACUCGCCGGGUCCACCACAGAUGUCGAGGCCGGAACAGAAACCACCGCCAGUGGUGGUCAUCAAGCGCGACCUACGGGAUGACGAUCUGGACGAUUCGGACCGGGCACCACGAUCGUCACGAUCGUCCCGCGAACGACGGACUGGAGAUGGUCGCGAGAUGACGGAAUCACGCUCCCGGUUAGGACUAGGCCUAAACAAUUACAGCCCCCAGAGCGAGCAGCUGGACAUGUACUACGGCAGAGGACCGGGAGUUCAGCCGGCGGAGACACCUAGCUGGGGUUACAAGCCACCACCACCGCCAUCGGUGAUUACUGAACAACCAAAGGGAACGCACGGUUUUCAGACGUCACACUCGUACUACCAGAAUGCCGGAACCCUGGAGAGUCUGGCCGAAAAGGUGCAUUCGUUCUAUCCGGGUGCCAACCGUCGGAUGUCGGCAGGAACCGGAGUCAGCAUGUCGCAAUCCCACCAACGGUUUCCGCGUAGUGGUUCCGACCAGCAUCUGCCACGGGUCGAGUAUGCCGACUAUGCGUCCCUGGGACGUCAUGCGCUGCUCCGGUCCAGCCUGAAGACGGAUCUUGUCCAGGCAGCUCCCAUCGCCGGCGGUACCCUUGGUCGGUACGGACGCUACGAACCUCCACCGCAACAACGCACACCGAAAUACGGACCAUCGCCACUAGGUGCCGGAACUGGCUCCCUCCAGCGACGAUCCCGUCCAGCACUGGACUACUCAAGCGAUACGGAAGCUACGAUCGGACCACGGCCUAGCUAUUACUACUACAACCACCCGGCCAUGAACACGAACACGAUAGGACGCGGAAGCACACAGGCCCUCGGUGGAGGACCAGAAUACGCCAAGUUCAACUCGUUACCACGUGAUCGUCCCAGUUCCCGAAUGGGUCUCCGAAGUCGCAUCGGUGAGCGAAUCCAGGACGAAAACGACGGAAACCUUUCGGCCCCCGAAUACUCACUGCCCAUCCGGAGAGAUCCGCGAGAUCCACGUGAUCUGCGCCAACGCAUCACCGCCAGCCCGUCAAUCUUCACGUCGGAUGAAUACCGAGCUUGGUUACGACGAGCUCCCAGCAGUUCCGCGAUUUGCGAACAGAUGCGAGCAUCACGGGAUAUUCUCAACCAGCAGCGAGCACAUCGGUUCUCCUGCUCGGCCGAGAACAUCCAUGACGUUCUCAAAAAUACCGAAAACAUCUACAGCAGCCGAACCGGCUUUACCGGAGGUACUCUAGACCGGAACAGCCUGACAACCGGUGGACCUCGGAUGUCCUCCCUACCGGUACGAUCUAUGUCUUCGCAGCACAUUGGUCCCUCGUCGAUUCGGUCACCGAGCGUGCGCCGAAUGCGUCAACUGCUCGAACUGACCCAAGGUGGUGCCCCUGGCGGUGUUCCCGGUUCGGCUGUAGCGGCCCUAACCGGCCACCAAAGCCCGGCGCCGACUCCAAGCACAACACUUCCACGGGCCCAUCGCCAAAUUGACAUCAACCCGGCCGAGUACACCAAGUACAAGCUGGAUAAACCAGUGGUCGACGCCAUCGGCAUGUCCGGAAUGCUGUGGAUCCAUCUGCUCGCCGGACGUGGUCUGCGAACCAUGUCGGAAACGACCCAAGCCCAACAGCCCAUGAUCCGUGACCUGUACUGCGUGCUGGAGUGCGACCGGAUUCACAAGGCGCGUACCGUGGUUCGCUCGGGAGACCUGCAGUUCGACUGGGACGAGUCGUUCGAGCUGGAUCUGGUUUGCAACAAGCAGCUGGACGUGCUGGUUUACUCGUGGGACCCGCAGCAUCGGCACAAGCUGUGCUACCGGGGAGCCCUCUCGCUCACCACCUUGCUCAGACAAUCACCGAUCCAUCAGUUGGCACUAAAGGUCGAACCUCGCGGAACGAUCUACCUGCGGAUAAGACACACGGACCCCUUCCAGCUGUAUCGGCGGCGAGGUCUGCCCAGUCUGCGAGGCAACGUUCCGGCAUUGUUCGGAGCCGACCUGGAGACUGUGGUGACGCGCGAAUCUAAGGGCGCUCCGGGUAGCGCUCCAGUUCCUAUAAUUUUACGGCGCUGCGUCGAAGAGGUCGAACGGCGAGGUCUGGACAUCAUCGGUUUAUAUCGGCUGUGUGGAUCGGCCACCAAAAAGCGUCUGCUCAGGGAAGCUUUCGAGCGGAACAGUCGAGCAGUGGAGCUGACCCCGGAGCACGUUCCGGAUAUCAACGUGAUAACGGGCGUCUUGAAGGAUUAUCUGCGCGAACUGCCGGAACCACUGUUUACCAAGUGUCUGUUCCAAAUGACGGUGGAUGCCCUAGGUAGCGUUUGUCUACCAGACGAUCCGGAAGGAAAUGCCAAGUUAAUGCUCAGUAUUCUAGACUGCCUGCCACGGGCGAACAGGGCGACUCUGGUCUUCCUGCUGGAUCACCUGUCGCUGGUAGUUUCCGCCGCGGAACGGAACAAAAUGUCCGCCCAGGCCCUGGCCACCGUGAUGGGUCCGCCACUGAUGCUGCACUCGUCCAGUGCCGGCCCGAACGAAGAAAUCGAUCACGCACAACCGAUUGCGGUGCUCAAGUAUUUGCUACAGAUCUGGCCACAGCCCCAGCACUCCACGGGCAGCGGCCACGGGGGAACUUCAGGUCGUCGCGGCGAGCCAGUAGAGCCGCGUGGAAACAAAGCCAGUGCGUUGCAAGCGGCCAAGCCGGGGGCGGGGGCUUUGGCAGCGCAAGCGCCUCUCCCAUCCCUCCCGUCGGCCAGCAACCUGCACCAGCAUCUGCAACAGCAGCAGCAGCAGCAACAUCUACAUCCGCUGGACCGUCCGGCAUCAUCCUCCCUGUUAGUGGGGACGGCGUCAUCGGGGGCGGGGCCUAUCUCCCGUUCGGUAACCAGCAGUCCAUCAACAACCUCCUUACAACUCGGUCCGCGUCCGCUCUCAGCCACUCCCAGCAGUCUACAGUAUCAAUCAGUAGUGGCUCAGUUAGCUCAAUCCCAUCGAGCCUCGCAACAAGUGGGCCAACAGCACCAUCCAUCGGAGGGCUCAGCGGUCUCGGUGGAGCCCGUCCAAUCGCCACAUCACGCCACACCCUCCCCAAGCUCUAGUUCCACCUCAUCGGCGUCCGGGUCGGGAUCCGGUACUGAUACCAUCAAACGUGGAGUUUCACCCGCCUCGGUUAAGUUUAAAGAAUCCAGCAGCAGCUAUUCCCUCAAGUCCGACACGAGCCGCAUCCUGAGCAGCAGCAGCAGCCUCGUCAAAAAGUACGGCACAAACGGCAACGGUGGCGAUCAUCCGUCACCAGCGGUAACUUCCGGCUCGCCACUUCACUAUCCCGCCUCGGUUUCGGCGUCGACCUCGCUUCUUCUCUCCGGCAACGGUGCGACCGGAAACGGUGGCAGCCUACGCAAGCAACGGGAUGGCAACGGCAGUAGCAGCACCAACAAUGGACCAAACAUUUCCUCAUCAUCCGAUAUACAACUUCCAUCCAGAAGUGUUCUUUUCUCUUCGGACUACCUGUCCUCAUCGUCGGCGGCAGCAACGUCGACGUCAUCAACCACGACAACAACGGAACGGAAGCUGUCUUUUACGGCCCUAACGGGACCGGUGUCCUCACUGGACGUGGCAACGUUCAGCUUGGACGAUAAGAACAACCUGGUGGUAUCGCCAUCGCCCUCGUCCGCGUCGGAGUCUUCGCACCACUCGUCCAACUCGUCACUGCGGGAACGGUCCCCGCAACCUUCGCCCUCGCUCAAGCGGCAGGAACCGAUUGAUCGGUCGGACAGUACGGCGACCACGACGGCCGCUGGCGGCGGCAGCAGCAGCAGUAGCAGUUUUAUGUCAUCAUUGCGGAGUCAAACGCUUGGUAGCUACCAGUUCCCAUCGAGCAACCUGGUCAAGCUGCCCGGCCAGCUGAGCGCGGACUCGGCCGGAUCGGGAGACGAUGGUAGCACUUCGUCGUUGCUUCGCAAGCUGGGAGCUUCACUGUCGCGGACCAUCACCAGCAACACGGGCACGUUGCCGAUCUCGUUGGGCAGACAAGGUGGCACCGGUAGUUCACUAUAUCAGCAGCAGGACACGAGCUAUUCCGUUAGUAGCAGCAGCAGUAGUAGUGGUGAACCAACGAGUGCUUCUCUCAAUUAUACAAGCCCAGGAAGUAGCUUACUGGGAGAGGGGGGUAGCGGCCAAGCCGUGACCACGGCCGCGGCGGUCAGUAGUAUGAGUAUCUACGGAACGCUUCCGAAAAAUUCUUCGAUUUACUCGUACAGUGGAGCAACCUCGAGUUUGCUUUCGGGAACGUCAAGCUCGUACGGUAUCAGUGAUCGGUUCAGGGCACUAACCAGCGGUGGCGGCGCCGGGGACAGUUCCAGCGGGAUGGGAUCCAGCCUGACGGCAUCCGGAGGAUCCGGUGCGGACAGCGCUGGUGCCGAUCUAGGCGCCAGCGGGUACGACUACGAGUCCUCCGGAUUUUCCUCGUCCGCUGGACUGACCUCGUCCUCUUACGGCGGCACGUCUUCGACUUCGGCUUCGAUGACCACGUCGGCCACUUCGGGUCUUUCGUCGUCUUACUUUAGCACCGGCAGUGGAAACAGCCCGUUCGGAACGAUGACCAGUAACGGCGGUUCUGAUAGUACUGGUCCGCCCACGUAUCGAGUGCAGUAUUCGUCAACGAAUCCUUUCUUGCCCAGCUACAAUCCACCCAGCGAUAACGGUGUCAGCAGCUUGGGCGGGGCUAACGGUCGCAAUGGUGGGCUCAAGUCCUCCGACGAAGACGAUUCUUUUGACAUGAAGUAAGCGGGAACCAAAUCCAAUUACAGAACAGAAACAGUAUUAAUAGUGCAACUAACGAGUUGAUACAAACCAAAACACAUAUUCAAUUAGGUUUUCUUUUGUUAUUUAUCUCUAUAGAGUAGGCGUUCAAACUUUUACAGAAAUACCGGAUAUUCCAAAAUGAGGUUAUGGUUACUGACAUCUCAGUAUUUUCACUGCUUACCUCGUACGAUGCUCUCGAUUUGGACGUUCAGCGCCAUUGCUGUCGAUUGUCAGCUUUCCAACCAAUCACUCUGACUUACAUUGGGACUCCGACAGUCGGUUCUAACGAAAUCACUCGCGCACAAACAAUUUGGCGACCAAUUGAUUAUUGUGUUUGUAUAUUACGCGAAGCACGUUUUUCGUCCCUGACAUUUACACACUCAUUGUGGAGGUUGUCUACACCGAGAAUCAACAUUACACACAGUCCAGUUCACUUUUACACACUUGUGUAGGAUUUUUCAGUUCAACUAUGAUUACGCACUUUCGUGUAUUCAUACUUGAACUGAAAAAUCCCAUACAAGUGUGUAAAAGUGAACUAAAAAAGUGUAAUGCUGAUUCUCGGUGAUGGUUACCAUCUCACGUUUAUUCUCCAAAUUACCAUAAUGACAACAACAACAUUUGUGUCAAUAAUAAAUACUUGAACUUGAUGCUUGAAACCACCCAUCUGUCAAAUUAGCUCUUUGCACGCACAUCUAAAAUCACUUAGAUUUCGUCAAAAACGGAAUUACCCAA